AAACGUCAAUAACCCGUCCCAGAGGGAAGAGGGGCGGUGCCUAUUUCCGAAGCGAGGAGCAGAUUGGCUUCACGGAGGCCGCGCCCCCGAAGUCAAGGCUGGCGGGCAUUUGGAAAUAGCUUGUCAUUUCCCUCCUUCAAGCUGUACCAUUCUACAACAAAACGGUUUGAAUCAGACUGCCUUUCCUUUUCUCUUCAUUGUCAUGAACCUCUGCCCAGUGUGGUUCCGACUUGCCUCGAACCCCUACCCGAGGCUUUUAUUCCAUCAUUGUGCACCAUUGGUGGGAAAUGCUACGACCACGCCUCCACUUGCUGGUUGGCUUUGCGCAUGCGCCACAGGAAGUGGGUCGCAGGAAGAGGAAGUCCCGCCUCUCUCUCCUCAGGCAGCAGCAACGCGGAGGAAACCGGAGUGAACCGAGAGCUUAGCCAACAUGAGCCUCCUCAACAAGCCCAAGAGUGAGAUGACCCCAGAGGAGCUGCAGAAGCGAGAGGAGGAGGAAUUUAACACAGGUCCACUCUCUGUGCUCACGCAGUCCGUCAAGAACAACACCCAAGUGCUCAUCAACUGCCGCAACAAUAAGAAACUCCUGGGCCGCGUGAAGGCCUUUGAUAGGCACUGCAACAUGGUGCUGGAGAACGUGAAGGAGAUGUGGACUGAGGUACCCAAGAGCGGCAAGGGCAAGAAGAAGUCCAAGCCGGUCAACAAAGACCGCUACAUCUCCAAGAUGUUCCUGCGUGGGGACUCGGUCAUCGUGGUCCUGCGGAAUCCGCUUAUCGCCGGCAAGUAGGAGCCACCUAUCCCUGUCAGUCAACAGAACUCACUCCCCUGUCCUACAGAGACCGCUGCCGCUGAUGUUGAGAAUAAUAAAGCUCUGUGUUUUUUUCUA